AUGGCUACAGAGGAUGAAAAAAUCGCUGCCACCGCGCACUUUGAACCCAUUGCUCAACCGAAGCCUGCUACUAUACCACCGAACUCUACUUCCCAGUCACUUGUCGACCAAGUCAGCCUUUUCGUUGCACACGCGGACAGAACAACCUUGAUUUCAACUGCGGCCGGCGCUGUUGCCGUGUCGUAUGUGCUGUUCGGAAGGCUUGCACUUCUUCUUAUUGGUGCCAUUGGAGGAGUGGUCCUGCACAUAUGGUGGGAAGGGCAGAACAGCGGAGCGGACGGUGAUAAUGAAGGAGCAGCAAAGCGCAAACGGCAUGAGCUUAGCUUGGAGGUGGCCAACAGGUUGACAGCUUUAUACGCUGACAACGCCUCCAAGGUGGAUGACGAUGAGGCCGCUAGCUCAGGAGAGUCUGCCCUAGAUUACUCGAGGAUGGGGCCAGCAACAGAAGUCGCAUUGACUGCUCUAACUAAUUCGGUGAUUGCAGACUAUGUAAGCUGGUGGUAUAAACCAAUUUUACCAUCUGAGGACCAGUUUCCUGAAGCAUGCCGCAAUACACUCGUGAGCAUGGUCCUGGCUGUGUCAUCCCGCGUUUCCCGCAAACGGCCUGCCGACAUGUUCCUGCAGUUUGCGACUAAUUCAACAUCCUUCAUGAUUGUAUUCUUCAGUGAACUGUCUGCUGCUGUCGGCACAGCCACAACCGGGUCUAGGCCCGUGGCGGACUCUAUAGACGAAUACCUGGACAAAAACCCAGAAAGCAGUCUAGCCAAUGUGCUAUCAUCCGACCAACAGGAAAAUAAGCUUGGUCUCGUUGGAACAGACAUACUCAAAACCUUCCUUGAACCAUCGGUUUAUAACUGUGGUCCUCUACGCAUUUUUCUGCGUGAAGUUUUGUCUCGGUUGAUACUACAACCCACUAUAGAUAUGUGUUCUGAUGCAGAGUAUAUCAAUACCUGGAUUGUAUAUCUACUUGAGCAAGGGGAGCCGCAGCUUCUGAAUGCCAUUGAUGCAGGGCUAGAGCAAGCAGACAACAUCAAACAUAAAAGGCCGAUCAGUACAGGGACUCCAACAACCAAUGAAUUGGAAAGGGAGGUCUCCAAUAUUGCUCCUAAUCUUGGAGAUCAGAAGCCAGUCGAACAAGUGCAGUCUGCAAAGCAGCUUUCCGAUAUCAAUUUUGCACAUAAUGAAAAUCUCAGUACAGUAGCAAACUUAGGAGACACCCCUAGACCACAAAACACUGAGCAGACAAGCAGGGAUUCUGCCGUAUAUACACAUAUACCCACUGACUCCUCUUCAUCCAAUACCACCGAUCCCAAACCCACCCCUGGCUCAAGCGGCAGCGUCAACGAAAACCCUCUCAAUAGCCCCCCUCUUGGCAGCCAAACAACGCCAAUUUUAGAUAGUGCUAGCCCCUCCCCAGUUACGGCACAGCCUUCGCAGUUUCGCGGCUCCUCGGUUUCCAUUAUCGAAGACUUCAACGAAGAUGACAAAAGCAAUAUACGCUCAAAGCCAACGAGCGAGUAUCUGAUCCAGAUUGAGCCCAGCAACACUAAGCUUACUGGCUGGAUGAUUGCUAGGAAGUAUAGCGAUUUUGAAAUACUGCAUGAAACUCUACGACGGAUUUCCGUUGUAUCUGGAAUUUCUGAUUUCUCCCUACACCACAAUGAAUUACCUGGGUGGAAAGGAAGAAACAGAAGUAGCUUACGAGUUUCCCUUGAGAAAUACCUACAGGCAGCUUUACAAUAUGAGCAACUAGCAGAAUGUGAGGGGAUAAAAAAAUUUUUGGAGAAGGGGCGGCAAUCCGGCCUCGAGCCGGACUCUGCCUUGCCUAAGUCUGGAUUUCCGUUUGCAGCACCUGCGGCUGUUUUUGAAAACGUGGGCAAGGGAGUAAUGGGUGUCCUGGGAACUGCGCCGAAGGGUGUUGCAAAUAGUGGAAAGGCCCUCGUCGGCGGGGUUUCAGGGAUAUUCGGGGCCUCGGGGAACGACAGCAGGAAGCGAGUCAACAGUAAUGCAGCAGACAGGCCUACGGCUAUUCGCGGUACCUCCAUGGAUAUCCAACCGUCAGCCAUGAAGAGCUUCACAGCUCACUCUAAGAAUCUCUCAAUGAGUAACUUGCAGGAGCGGCCUCGAACGGUGUUCCAGCCGCAGCCAGCCCAUCAAGAAACUGAAUCGGGAGAUAUCAGUGCUGAAUUACCUACUUCGACCGCUCGUGCUAGUAGUUCGUUGGCUAGCUCUUGUGAAAAUUUAGCAGAAGAAGGAAAUAUUACACCGCAGUCAUCACCGGAUACCCUAGAUGCACCGCAUGUGGCCCUUCCCCCAGCGGGCAACAUCGAGACCAAUGCAGAGCCAGUAGAUAAAGAUAAAGCUGAAUCCACCAGCUCGAAUGGUAUAGAAUCACCGCCAAAGAGAAGUUCGGAGGGUCGCAAUUACGCCCCUGUUUCAGAGGAAGAAGCAGUCGUCGUGGUUGAACUGCUUUUUGCGGUAAUCAACGAAGUCUACAGUCUUUCAUCGGCGUGGAAUAUCCGGAAGAGACUGCUGAACGCUUCGAAAUCUUUCCUGUUGCGCCCGGGAAACCCUAGUUUGGAGGCUAUUCGGGCUCUACUCCAAGAUUCAAUCAUUGAUGGCAAUACGACCGAUGAGGCGCUAGCUGGGUAUAUAACUAAGCUACACAAAAGCAGCUUACCAACAGAGGAGGAUAUAAAGGCAUAUCCUCCUCCGCUAUCGUUAGAGCAGAAAGAACAGCUCAGGAUCAAGGCCCGGGCACUACUGAUAAGUAGAGGCAUGCCGCCAGCUCUAAUGGGUAUUAUGGGUGCAAAUGCGACUGGAGAGGCCCUUGGGAAAAUAUUUGACUGUCUACAGAUACCAUCUGUUGGCAGAGCUUUCGUCUUUGCCAUCCUUCUGCAGGCGAUCAGAGUGAUGACACAAUGA